GUCAUUGUCAUCCACGUUAUAGGUUAUAUUUAUUUGGAUAAUAAAUUGAAUGUGAAAUACAAAAACUAAUGAUGUAAUUAGUAAACGAUGAAUUAUUGAAUUUUCCCAAGAUCCUCACUAUUUAUUUUAUCCCCUACCUAAAUAAGUUUCAGUGUUUUCAAUAUUUUCAUCAUGAUAUUUGAAAUUUUCACCUUGGUCAUAAUCCUGCCAAUGCUAUUGGUAGGAGUCUUUCUGUUCGGUGCAUUUGUGAUUGUACCAUGUGCAUUCAUAUUUGCGUCAUGGUACAUGAGAAUAAAAGAAAGAAAGCUUCAGAGAAGGAAACGGGACGGAGCCAAUAUAGCUUUUUUCCACCCAUAUUGUAAUGGUGGUGGCGGUGGUGAGAGAGUACUAUGGGUCGCCAUUAGGUCUAUUUUAUUAAGGUAUCCAGACUCCCACAUACAUAUUUACACAGUGGAAACAGCGGACGCUACAACCAUAAUCAACAAGGCACAAAACCAGUUCAAUGUCAAAGUGGAGGCAGAAAGAAUAAACUUUAUCAGACUGAGUAUGCAAAAGGCAAUAGAACCGGAGACAUACCCAUAUUUUACAUUAUUGUUGCAAAGCCUCGGCUCCAUGGUGCUUGGGAUGGAAGCAUUUAUGAAAUUAAAUCCAGAUAUAUACAUUGACACAAUGGGAUGUGCGUUCACGUACCCGAUAUUCCGCUACCUGGCCCAGUGCCCGGUGGGUUGCUACACGCACUACCCCGUCAUCACCACGACAAUGAUGAGGCGCGUCAAGCACCGUCUGGUCAGCUACAAUAACAGCAGCGUCAUCGCUCGCAACCCCCUUCUGACUUGGUGCAAGUUGUUUUAUUACAAACUAUUUGGUUGGUUAUAUGGUGUGGUGGGUCGCUGCGCAGACAUAGUGAUGGUGAACGGCACGUGGACGGAGGAUCAUAUCAAUGAGCUUUGGAAUAUACCACUCAACACCCAUCGGGUCUAUCCGCCGUGUGAGGUCACCGAGCUGAAGAAAUUGCGAUCGCUGGUAAAGGACUCGGAUCCCAUACGAAUCAUAUCCGUGGCGCAGUUCCGGCCGGAGAAGGAUCACCCGCUGAUGCUGCAGGCCAUGUACGAGCUGAGAAACUUGCUCAUUAAGAACGAGAUACUGUGGAACAAGAUAAAGCUGGUGCUGGUGGGCUCGGUGCGCGGCGCGGCGGACGCGGAGCGCGUGCGGCACCUGCGCGACCUGGCCAAGCACCUCGCCAUCGACGACAGCGUGCACUUCGUCGUCAACGCGCCCUACGCGCAGCUGCUGCAGCUCUACCAGACCAGCCAGCUGGCGCUGCACGCCAUGUGGAACGAGCACUUCGGCAUCGGUGUAGUCGAGUGCAUGGCUGCCGGACUGAUCACCAUCGCUCACCGGUCCGGCGGGCCGCUGGCUGACAUCAUUGAAACCUCGGAAGGUUCUAGAACUGGCUUCUUAGCAUCCGAGCCGGAUGAAUACGCACGCGCCAUCUUGGAAGUUAUUGCUAUGCCGACGGACGAGAAGAGAAGGAUCAUAGAAGCGGCUAGAGCGUCCGUGGAUCGGUUUUCCGAGAAAGAGUUUGAGAAAGCAUUCCUGCGAGCAAUGGAGCCUUUAAUAAGAUUAGACUAAACAUAGCAAUGUUUAGACUUUCCAUUAGUUGUAAGCUUAAAUAUAUAACAAAAUAAAUUUUACCAAAGUUU